CCGCCUUGGCCCAGCAAGUGUGGUCUCCAGCUCAAAAUCCCCAGCUGCAGAAGCAACCGGUUGCUGAACCUCAGCAGCAGAAGGAACCGGCCACCAUGCCCCAGCAAGCAUGGUAUCCAGCUCAAAAGCCCCAGCUGCAGAAGCAACCGGCCGCUGAACCUCAGCAGCAAAUUGAACCGACCGCCAUGCCCCAGCUACCUCAGCAAGUGUGGCAUCCAAUGCACAUUCCCCAGCAGCAACAGGAACUGGCCACCAUACCCCAGCAAGUGAGGUAUCCAGCUCAAAUGCCCCAGAAGCAUCUGGCCUCCAUGCCUCUACCACAGAAGCAACCGACCGCCAUGCCCCAGCAAGAGUGGAAUCCAGCUCAAAUGCCCCAGCAGCAGAAACAACUGGCCACCAUGCUGCAGAAGCAACCAGCCCCAAUGCUUCAACCGCAGAAGCAACAGGCCACCAUGCCCCCGCAAGUAUGGCAUCCAGCUCAAAUGCCUCGGCAGCAAAAGCAACCAGCUACUGAACCUCAGCAGCAAAUUGAACCGACCGCCAUUUCCCAGCCCCCUCAGCAAUUGUGGCAUCCAGAUCAAUUUCUCCAGGAGCAGAAGCAACCAUUCACUAUGCAUCUACCGCAGAAGGAACUUACCACCAAUCCACCAGAACUGUGGCAAUCCGCUCAAAUGCCCCAGCAGCAUACGCAACCGGCUGCCAUGCUUCAGCAAGUGUGGCAUCGGGCACAGAAGCAACCGGCCCCUAUGCCCCAGCAGCCUCAUGAUGUGUGGUAUCCAGCUAAAAUGGUCCAGAAGCAAGUCGCUGCGGUGACCGCCAUGCCGCAUCGCAUCAGCAAGUAUGGCAUCCAGCUG